CCCGCCCCCCUCCGGCCGCUCUUCGGUUUCGAUUCCCGCUGGCCGGGCGCGAGCGGCUCCACGGAGUCAGCGGCGGCCAGGCAGGCAGGCGAGGAUGGCGGACCCGUCGGUGUGCAUCUACCUGUGCAAGGUGCUGUGCUCGCGGGGCGGCGGCAUGCGCCUCUCGGAGCUGCCGGACCAGAUGGGGCUGCCUCUGAGCCAGGUGCGGCAGAUCCUGGACGACGCCGGGCAGGGGCGCUUUCUGGUGGUCCGGAGGGGCGCCGACCAGUACGUCCUGGCCGUCACGGCCGCCCGGCUCUGCGUCCGCCAGGUCUGCACGGGCUGCGAUAAGCUGCACCUCUGCAAGCUGAACCUCCGCGCGAGAUGCCGAACCAUCACUUGCAAAUAUCCGCAUGAGAUUUUCUCGGAAAGUAACCGGAAUGUUUUGAAAAAUCAUGAACUCAUUGGCCUUAAUGAAGAGGAAUUGUGCAUUUUACUUUUACAAAACGACUCUUUUCUUUUACCUGAUGUGUGCGGUGGCUAUAACAAAAAGGAAAGGACUUGCACUCUGAAUGGAAAAUGUCGCCGGCUUCACAUUUGCCGCUACUUUCUCAGAGGAGAAUGCCGGUUCCCCCACUGCAAGAGGUCUCACGAUCUUCUGGACCCCGUUCCUGCUAGUCUGCUGCUCGCCGAAGGCCUGGAUGAAGAGACAAUUUGGAACAUCCAAGCCAUUUGUGAUGCCAGGAUUGCUGCCUUCAUUAAGGACCUCAAAACCCCAAAUUGUCCUCCUGCAGCAGAGAAAGACGACCCAAGCACACGUCCCAAAAAUCAGAGAUCUCAGAAUGCAGAUAAUUUUGUGAUGGUAGAUCGGCCUGACCAAGGUGCAAAAAGAGCUCCUAAAUUUCCAAGUGCAGAGAAGGAAAAAAGCGAUGAAAUCUGUGUCUACUAUCUAUGGCAGUUCUGUAAAAAUAAAAAUAAUUGCAGUAUGAUCCAUUAUGAUCUUCCUUAUCGGUGGCAAAUCCAUACCAGCAAUGGUUGGAAGGAUCUUCCCAGAAGAGAGGAAAUUGAACAGGCUUACUGUGACCCAAAUAUUACCAGAUUUCCAGAUCUAGGGCUAGAUUUCACGACCCUGACUUCUGCCACUUCUCCAAUUCGGCGCCUGUCCACUCCGUCAUCUGUCACCAAAGAGCCUAAGUUUGUCAUGACAACCAUGUGGUUGUGGUACUGGAAGAGUGAUCAGGGCCAAUGGUUCGAAUAUGGGAAACAGGCAACACCGGCGUUGAAAUCCAUUCUGAAAAAGCCGGAAAAGAACAAUCAAAUCCAGCCUGCCAGUGUAACUUCAGAAGAUCUGGAGAACCUUUACCAAGCAGAUCCAACUGGAAAUGUCCAAUUUGAAGCUGGCUCUCAGCAAUAUGUCCUGAGCUUUAAAUAUAUGACCCAGACCAAUGAGAAUUAUUCUACCCAACGGGAGGUCCGAAGACGUCCCAAGUUUGUUUCCUCUGAAGAUGUCAGGACAAAGAAAGGACACACAGCAGGAGCAACAACAAUAACAACAGCAGCAGUAGCAGCAGCAGCAGCAGCAGCAGCAGCAACUCCUACACCCAUAGUGUCUCCCGUAACAAUUCCAACUUACCCUCCAUACUGGGAUAAUACAGCCCUACCUUCUAUUGGAUACGCGGCCAUCGAACUCCACAGAGAUUCUCAGGAGUUCUUGAGAAUUGAGGGUCCCUUUCAGCAGACGAUGAAAAACCAUAGAAUUAGCAAAAUACAUCGAAUUCAGAACCCAUCUCUUUGGCAAGUCUACCAGUGGCAAAAGGAGCAGAUGAAGAAGAAGAAAGGGGGACAGAACAUUGACGAGAGGUACCUCUUCCAUGGGACAGUCCCUUCUUGUUUGAAAGCCAUCUGUGCAGACAACUUUGACUGGAGACUCUGUGGCACAAAUGGGACCGUUUAUGGGAAAGGAAGCUAUUUUGCCAGAGAUGCCAGCUAUUCAGACAACUACUGUCAGCCGAACGACAAUGAGAAGAUGAUGUUUUUAGCUCAAGUUCUAGUGGGCGAGUUCAUUAUGGGGCAUCCCACAUACACUCGCCCGCCGGCGAAAUUGAGCAAUAUGCUCAACCCUUACGACAGCUGUGUGGAUAACCCAAGCAACCCAUCCAUCUUCGUCAUUUUCGAGAAGCAUCAGGUUUACCCUGCGUAUCUUAUCUAUUACAGGGAGGAAAAGAAAUGUAUUUUAUCCUAAAAGAUGCCUUUGCGUUGCCAUAAUCUGCUUAGCUUAGCAGUUUGAAUGCCUAGGGCCUUUCUUUUUAAAUCAAUCCAAUUUUAUAGAAGCAAUACAUACCUUCAGAGGAGCAGGAAAGGGCUGAAUCGCUAUGGUUGAUGGAUAGAAAACCGGCUCUUAUUUUUGAUCACAAAGAUGUUUUAAGGAGGAAUACAGAAAACUGUUUUUAAAAAAAUUAAAAAUGGGGGAGGGGGGGUUUAAAUCCAUUUUUACUAACUUUAUUUCUUAGUAAGCUAAGUUUUUAUUCUCCUUCAGCCUUUAAUAUAUAACGUUUAUUAUGGAUGGGUGUUUAAUCCACCAAUAAGGUUGGACUUUUGUCCUCCUCGACGGAUGCAAACAAUUAUUACUGAAGACAUAACAGUGAGUGAUUAUCCAAAGAAACUCCUGUUCGAUCCGCGUACAAGUCUUAAGGUUGCAUCAACAAAUAAGAUCCAGUGGUUUGAAAAUAUACCUGCGAUUCUGGAUCCAUGAUUAAAAGUUCUUCGUUUUCAAUUGCAACCAACACAAUCAUGUUUCUGUGCAUGUCAUCAGCAUCCUGUCUUUUGCUCCCUUCAUGAUUUUGACGCUUUCUGGCAAAUUCCAAUUUCGGCUGUUUCAUGGUUUCAGUUUUUGCUAAACUUUGCACGCCUUCCUCACUUUGUCCUUUUAGAUGAGACUAGUUUCCUUGUUUUGCAUAUUUGCAUAUUAAUUAUACAACACGAAUCUUGGGGGGAAAAGCAAUGCUGAUGUUUGGCUUAAAAAGCGUCACUGUGGUAAUAGAAGUGCCAGGAUUGGAGGUGGGCAUUCAACCCUAGCUAUCAAGAAACAUCCAGUUGUGCCUUAUAAAUAAAAUCUUACUUUAUAACGAUCAUCCUUGACAUCUGGCUGUUCCACACUCAUAAUGGUCCUACGCGGAGAGACUUAAGAGUGUGAUCGGAAGCUAACAGCUGUUGCAGUGCCACUCGAUCAGAAUUCGGGAAGUUGGCAGCCCACUCACGAUUAUGAGUAAAGGGGCACUUUAGAUGCCACCACCACUUGCCAUUUAUAUGCCCUUCUGCUGUCCACUCCACUGCCCUAGUUGACCUUUUGCACCUACUGCUGAUGAGGAGAGCUGGGUCUGACUACUGGGCUUGGAUUUUGGCGGAGGAAAGAAAAAUAAAAGCCGAAAGCAGUCUCAAUCGCAGCAUAUCAAACUAGGCGCUGCUUUUGUGUGUUUUUUCUUUCCCACGCCUGGCAGCUGGGCGCACCUCUUAGCACUGGGAGUAAGAAAAUGGUGGAGUGCAGGUGGCAGGGUUUCGGAGUGUAAGGUCUAAGGUGACUGGGAUGAGAUGGCUGUGGCUUCCGGGGGGGGGGUGCCAGCAGUCCCCAAAUGGUGCCGUAUAGAGCUCCCCCCCACCCCAUCCCGCGAGGCAAGCCACCCAAAAGGGACAAGAUGGAAGAGAGAUGGGUGGAGUGGGGGAGCUGAAAAUCAGCCCCUUACCAAGGCUCAGGGCUGGGUGGGACGAAACAUAAUGUGCCUUGAUUUGAUGUGGGUAGUCGCUUAACGACUGCAACAGGGAGAACCGGGAUUGCUGUCGUAAGUCGGCAUGGUCGCAUAAUUUAUAACCACUUUGUUUGGCCACAGAAAUGCCAGUCCCUGUUGUCCUACGCUUCAAACCUUUGUAGCAAUUUUUGUACUUUUAUUAUUGUCUUUACUUCCCUGCUAAAAUGCUUCAUGAAUAAAACGUUAAUUUUA